GUCUCUAACAACACAACAACAUAAUUCAGCAAGACGAACCGUAGCUGUACCGCUGUAAUAACUGCUUAUUUUUACUUUCUGGUAAUCAUUUUGGACGACCCCGUGACACCUAAAUAGCCAAACAUUUGAGUAAGAGUGCAUAGUUUGGUGUGUAUUCGCUUUACAAGCAUAGAUUGUGCCUCUUAUGCAAUCCGGGUCUUUGUAGCUCGAAAUGUUAAAUCUGCCCCCACGGAGAUGUUGAUAGGAUGGACUUUACAUUUUCUGACAUAUGAUUCUUUUCUUACUUUCUUAUUUGCAAUAACACUUCCAUGUGAUGAAAAAUAUCAAGCGGAAAAUGGCAGUUUAUGUUAUCCCUGUGGCGAGGGGUUUUACAAGGUAUCAGACUGUGUCGUAAAUGGGGAACAAGCUAGAUGCAGGCCAUGUAGAAAUGGAGAAUAUCAGCCGUUUUGUGACAAUUCCACAAAGUGUGAUCAUUGCAGACUCUUUUGCAAUGAUCAAAGAAAAGUCAAAGUUAAAAACUGUUCGGCCACAAGUGAUAUAGAGUGCCAAUGCAAAGCUGGAUUCUACUGGACACCGGGUACAGGAAAACAUGAUGAAGGCUAUUGUGCCUCACAUAGCAAGUGUACAGCUGGAGAAGGGCUGGUUGAAAAAGGUACACCGUUUAAAAACACGAAAUGUAAACCAUGCGAAGAAGGCGUUACCUAUUCAAGCAAUGCUUCAUUUGACGCUUGUGUACCCUGUUCUGAAUGCAACUCAACGGUAGCUUUUAAAUGCACAACUACGAGCGAUGUAGAUUGUGGCGCUCUGCCAGACAAGCCGUCACCAACUGAGAGUUCAUCUAAAGAUGGUGGUAAAUGUAUGGUGUUUGUGAUAGUAUGUUUAGUACUUGUAGCACUUGCUGUAGUCGUCGGCGCUUCAGUGUUCUUGUACAGGCGACGACGAAAUACUGAAACGAAUAGCCCUAACGGAGGUAGUGAAGUAACCAGAGUUGAUAUUUCCAAUUGGAACACACAUGGAUCAUUACAGGGCCAAAAUGAAGAAGUUAGUUCUAGCCAAACUGGUACUGGAGUUCAUUAUUUUCCUAAUCAAUCAGCAUGUGAUCUCGGAAGUACUGCAGCUAGUUCACGGAAAGACCAUACCAGUGAUGCAAGAAAUAUUUCACAGCAAAGGAAUGGUGGUAUUGCGGACAACAGUGAAAGUGAUUCCAGAACCAGUUUGUCAAAUUCACAGCAGUCUUUAGGGCAUAAUCAUGAAAACAGCGAAUAUGACGCACAGCAGAUCAGACAGACCAAAACCUCAACCGCUCUUGAUCCCCAACAUGCAAAUUUUAAUAUGCAUAUUAAUUCUCCAGAUUCCGAAGAUAACAGUUACUGUUCAGUGAUCGAUACCGGUAGAGCUCAUACCGUUUCCUCACAAAAUAGAUGUACCUCAAGUGAAACAUCUGAGAACGGUCUGCGAAGUGAUUAUUCGAACAAAAGUACAGGGUUGCUCCAAGAAAUACAUAAUACUCAAAACGGAGACACUGAUAAUGACCAGAACACGAUCGAUGAUAUUAAUAAGAAAUCGAAAGAUUGUACCUUCAGUGCAACGCCUGAAAACGAUAUUCGAAAUAAUUAUUCGGACAAACGCGCAGAGAUGCUUCAAGAGAGACUCGAUACACGAGAAACAGCCAUGGACACGAAAAAGGGAACUCAAGAUAUAGAAAAACAUAGGUCGAAGCUAAGCCACGGAUCUGCUACGCCCGAUACCUCAGAAAGCAAUGCCAAUGGCAUCUAUAAUAGGCAGUUCACUGCUGUAACUGAUGUAAAUAACUCAAAGUUGAAUGGCGCUGUACAAUGUGAAAAUAUUAGUGAUAUGAGUAUGGAUGCCGUCGGAGUUUCGGCAAGGCACGGAGUACAACAGGUGUCCUUAUCGGAAUACACUUCUGGAGAGGAGAGGAGUGAAACAAAUGAAGCAGAUUUUACCACUGGGACAAAUGACUGUUCUGAGGUGGUUGAAGCAGAGGUAGAAACCAAACCAGAUAGAAGUUGUGGACCAGCAACAACAGAAACAGGUGCAAUAAAGCCUACUAGUAGUAGUUCAAUUGAAAAAGUUUGGUUUGAAAGUAUGGAUUUUCUUGCACAUCAAAUGAGUUUUAAAGAUUUUAAAAAGUUCAUCAGAAGACUAACGGCAAAUACAAAUCCCAAGUUUCACGAAACGAUUGAUGUGAAAAUAGAAAACUCUGUAGAAAGUAAUACGUCUUGUUCCGAGAAAAUGUACCAAUUAAUGAGAACCUGGAGACAGGCAACACCAGAAGCAUCACUAAUGGAUGUCUUUGCCGCUUUAAGACAAUCGGAGUUGAACGUGGUAUGUAAUCGUCUAAUAGGAUCAUUAAAAAGUAAAAACCUGUUAGACAGUGGAUUAGAGGAACAAUGUAUAGAUGCCAGCCGAAAUGAAAUUGAAACAAAAGCAUUACCUCGUGGCGAACUUCCAAUGCCGAAUACGAUACUAAGAACAGAAAAUGAUGUAAUGGAAGAAGAAUGUGAUACCAAUUCCAGAAAUGUUAAUCAUGAGAUGAUGGAAUUGAAACCACUUUAAACCACUUUAAGAAAACAUUUAGAGUUCAGAUAAUUUACGUUUAUUAUAGGUUUCGGGUACGAAAUACAUAGCCAUGUGUAAUGUGCAUAAAUGUCUCCACACGUACUCUAAGUACGAACAUUUAUUUCGUACCAAUUGGACUUCUCUCAAACUACGAGUCAUAACUUGUAAGCGUAUGAUAAUAUCGCUAGGGCUAAACAAGAAACCAAGCUAAAAGAAACUGAUCUAGAUAUCAAAAUUCUUAAUUCUGUCAUUUCAUUGUAUAAAGAUGUCCAAUGCUGUAUAAGGUUAAAUAAUUUUGAUUCAACUUCAGUUUGAAGUAAAUUGAGGAUUGAAGCAAGGCUGCCCAUUGUCACCAAUACUUUUUAGUUUGUAUAUCAAUGACUCAGUCACUGCUAUUAAAGAAACAAAUAAUGGUAUCAAAAUAAAUUACGAAUUGAUAAUUGCAGAUGACGUUGUAAUUCUGGCUGAAACUCCAGAACAAAAACUACUAUAUAUUUUAAAUAUUUGGUGUAUUGAUAAUAGUAUGACUGUCAAUAAUGAUUCAGUUUAGAACACCUAGUUGCAUUCAAAUGAGUAUUGUCUCUAUGUUGGGACACCUCCAUUACAUAUAAUACAUAAUAACUGUGGUUUCAACUUUUCAACGUUUUCAAAACUAUAUAUGAUACAAUGGUUUUACCUGUUAUAUGGCAUUCAGCUCCCAUCUGGGGUGAUAACUCUUACUCGUGUAUAAAUUCUGUUCAAAGCAGGGCCGUAAGUUAUUUUCUGGGUAUGGGGAAAUACAGACCGAGUGCAGCUGUAUUUGGGGAUACGGGCUGAAAGCCGAUAUUUGUUUAACAACAGGAUCGCAGUACAAGACAGUUUUGCAGAUUUUCGAUGAUGCAGUAUUUGAGAUUAAAUAAAAAAGUUUUUAAUUGGGUGAAAACAUCAUCCAAUGUUAGAUGUAAAAACAGUAUUAUUGGCAUUGUUGGUAUAGAUAAUAUACAUUUACAGCGUUGUUCUAAGAUUUCUGUCAAUGGGUUACUGAAUAUUAGAGAUUGAAAUUGAUAAUUACAAACAAUCAGUAACACGAGAUGAAUCAGUAAGAGGAAAAUGUUGCAAUAAAUUAAGAACUUAAUGACCUAUAGACACUUAUUAUUAGAAACUGAAUUUUAUGUUAAAAUGUCACAACCAUUUCACGUCCGUAGUUGUAUGGCAAAGUUUAGAAUGAAGCACCCAUCAGAAUAGGAACAGGGAGAUAUGAAAAUUAAGGUGUAAUGCACGAACUUGUUUUAAUUGUUUGAUCUGUAUUAAAGAUGAAAAACAUGUUUUACUAAAUUGUUCAUUCUAUUCAUCUGUAAGGGAACUUCAAUGCUUUUGAUAAUUUAUCUGAUGUCAAAGAGAAAUUUUGUGUAUUAUUCUCUGACACAAAUAUAUUAAAGUACACAGCCAAAGCAUGUUAUUAUUUCAAAACAUAGAUUUUUUAUUGUAUUGUAGAUAAUGUCAAUAAUAUUUUAACAUUGUCAUUUGUAGUUUAGAAAAAUAGUAUAAAGGAACAGUGAAUCAAUCUGCAAAUGUAUAUCAAAUAUGAUUUGACACAAUCUACAUAUUAUAAAAGAUUUAUUAACAAUACUUUAGACAAAUAUUCUCUGUUUCAUGUCUUAAAAGCCGUUUUAACUUUAUUUGGUCAUAGAUGGAUUCAAAAUUUCCUUACAUCAUCUGUCUGCAGCUAGUCAGGUGGAUUCACAGUUCCUCGUGCUUUUACGUAAAGAAACCUUAUUAUUUAAGAUUAAAUAGUUUUAUGUUAAUGACUUUGUGAUCUUACUAAAUAUUAGGUCUUAGAAUAUGUAAAUGUAUAAAACUAAUGUUUAGAUCAAAAUAUCUCAUAUUUCCAUACAGAAGGGCAUACGUAUUAUAAUACCUUAAUAAUAUACUGUUUUAUCAUGCUGUAUGUAUAAAGAUAUAUAAAUGAA